UUUACGCACAAUUUUUGUUAGCAUUGUGACUUUCUAAGGGCUUUCCCCGUGCCACUCUUUUGACAUCAUCUGAUAUCCUGCACUAUGUGGCAAAACGCCAUCUCCAUUCUAUGCUUCCUGCUAUAUGCAGUGAGCGCCAUUCCGACAGCUCCCACGCCGAGCGCAUCCGCGGGCAUUGACACCCAUUCCUUUUCCAAAACCACCGAAUAUCCUCUGCCCAACCUGGGCAAUGUGGCCGCGCAUGACCCCAACAUCAUCCAGUAUGACGGCUAUUUCUAUCUGUUUAAAGGCGGCGUGCACAUCCCCAUUCACAAGUCCCGCACCCUGGAUGGGCCAUGGGAAGAAGUCGGUACUGUCCUCGACGAGGCCAGUGUGAUCGACAAGCAGAACCGUACACGCCCUUGGGCUCCGACGACGGUGGAAUGGGAGAACCGUUUCUAUUGCUUCUAUGCGAUCAGCGAGUCUGGCAGUCGCGAUAGCGCGAUUGGAGUCGCUUCCUCUGAUUCCCCCGAAGGUGGAAACUGGACGGAUCAUGGCGCUGUGGUCAACACGGGCAAGGGUGAUCUGUCUGAUGUCUAUCCCUACACGGUUUCCAACGCGAUUGAUGGCGCCUUCAUCAAAGAUCAGAAGACCGGAGAACCUCGUCUGCUUUAUGGGAGCUACUGGCAUGGCAUUUUCUCGGUGCCUUUGGCCGAACAUCUCCUGUCGAUCAAAACGCCAAAGAAACCGGACGCGACCAACCUGGCGUACGUCCCAACGGCCAAAACCAAGCCCAUCGAGGGAUCCUUCAUGACCUACAAGGCGCCGUAUUACUAUCUUUGGUUCAGCCAUGGCAAAUGCUGCCAGUUUAAUGUCCACAAUUUUCCACCCAUGGGAGACGAAUACAGCAUCCGCGUCGGCAGAUCAAAGAAUGUGACCGGCCCGUUUGUGGACAAGGAUGGUCGUGAAACCCUCCAAGGAGGGGGUACCAUUGUCUACGGGUCGAACCACGGGGUUGUCUAUGCUCCGGGUGGUGUUGGUGUGCUGUCUGGAACUGGCAGCGAAGCAGAUGUUCUCUAUUUCCAUUACCUCAACACUUCAAUUGGAUUCGCACAAGGAGAUGCCCGUCUGGGAUGGAACUAUCUGCAUUACGUAGAUGGAUGGCCAAAAGCCAUCGAGGGGUAUGUUCAUGCCAAUGGCAGUGACGCGCAGAACUUCAGGAACUAAGGGGACUAGUAAAUCUACCAAAAACGCUACAUCGAGCGAAAGCAGUGGCCGGAUCCUUCGACCGGACCCUACGCUAAAUUCACUAGCCAUGCUGUGUAUGUGCUUGACCUUCUCCACUUUCCUAGCAGAAACUCAUAGUUGAAGUCAUUGGCGCAUUCCUGUGGCUGUCCUGAUAGCGUCGACG